CCUUUGCUCCACCCCCUCGACUAUUUCAAGCUAAGCAGGAGCCCAGCGACUCCCGUUCCAGGUUCCUGGAGCUCAGUCAGCCUCUCCCUGCCCUUCCAGGAGCCUCUUAGACCUUCCGACAUGGCUUGUCCCCUCUUUCUGGAAGGGGAGAAUUGUAAGCCUUCUUGGAAGGAAGCCGCUGCGGGCUACAAUCCAGAAGACACUCACUUGGAAAUCAUGGGGAAGCCGGUGAUGGAGCGUUGGGAAACCCCCUACAUGCAUGCCUUGGCCAGCGUGGCUGCUUCACAGGGAGGCCGGGUGCUGGAAGUUGGCUUUGGCAUGGCCAUUGCUGCCAGCAAAAUCGAAGAGUCUGACAUCCAGGAGCACUGGAUCAUCGAGUGCAACGAAGGAGUCUUCCAGAAGCUGCAGGAGUGGGCGAAAACACAGCCUCACAAGGUUGUCCCCUUGAAAGGGCUGUGGGAAGACGUCGCGCCAACCUUGCCGGAUGAAUAUUUUAACGGGAUUCUCUACGACACGUACCCCUUGUCAGAAGACACCUGGCACACCCAUCAGUUUGACUUCAUCAAGGCUCAUGCCCAUCGCCUCCUGAAGCCAGGCGGGGUCUUUACCUAUUGCAACUUGACUUCCUGGGGGGACCUGAUGAAGAGCAAGUAUUCGGACCUCGAAAAGAUGUUCCAGGAAACACAAAUUACCCCUUUGGUGGAGUCCGGCUUUGAGACCAAGAACAUCCACACCAGAGUUAUGGAUCUGGCUCCUCCAGCUGACUGCAGAUACUACGCCUUCCCCAAGAUGAUCGUGCCUGUCAUCCACAAAUAGAUCUCCCAGGGCGGAAGAUCUCUCGGGAUCACAAAAAGGGUUCGGAGUGUUGGCAAGAGCCACCAGCAGUCACAUGAAAUUGUUGCUCUCUGGUGGCAGACGGGAGAGGUGAAAAACAACGUGGGGAAGAGCCGCUUUUGAUAACGAAUUUUCCCUUGCUAAGAAUUUAUUUUAAGCAGCGUUUCUAAAACUGUGUGUCUUUCUCUCUUGGCUGUGUCCCCUCCAAAUAGGUUUGCCAUCAACGCCUGAACAUCUGGGCUUCCACAUGUGGUUCAUCUAGAGAUGAGAUGGGUUGAGCCUAAUCAUCUGCAUGUCUGUCAUAGAAACAAACCUUUCCUUAAAAAUCA